UGCCACUUCCAGUUCCACGGGAUCAAAAUUAUGAAUGAGAAGUACUUAAAAAGAAAUUGUGAAUGAGAAGAAAAACAAAAGGAAGGAAAACAAAGCAUAGCAUAACCAUAACAUAGCACUGAAUAACUAUGGUAUUGGUACCUAUUUGUUUAUUCAUUACUAAGAUGUCUUUCUGAAAUGAUGCACCACAUGUAUCAUAGUAAUAGACAUGGUUUUGAUUGAGAAUCAGAGGCAAUUUAUUGAUGGUGUGUGUGCAAUUAUUGUCAAGGGUCAUUGGGGCAAUCUCUUGAAGGUGAACAAUGCCCCUGUUCUCUCUUCCACUACCAUUCACCAAGUGCUUUUGCAGCUCUCACUCAAUGGUUAUGGCCCCUCUAUUUCCUUCCCAUUCUUCAAAUGGGUUGAAUCCACCCCACAUUACACUCACUCCUUGCAAUGCUCAUGGGCCAUGAUUCAAAUACUUGCAAAAUAUAAGCAUUUCAAAACUGCACAACAGAUGCUCGACAAAAUUGCCCACAGAGAUUUUCUCUCAUCACCUUCAGUUUUGAGCUCGCUGGUGAGGAUUCACGAUGACCCGGAAGUUAAUUCACAAGUUUUGAGCUGGCUUGUGAUACAUUAUGCAAAGUCAAGGAUGACCCAGGAUGCCCUCCAAGUUUUUGAGCAGAUGAGGUUGUACCAACUCAAGCCUCAUUUGCCUGCUUGUACUGUGCUUUUGAGUUCCUUGUUGAAGGAUGGGACUACCAACGUGGUGUGGAAGAUUCACAAGAGACUGGUUCAAGAUGGGGUUGUCCUCAAUAUCUAUAUUUACAAUUGUUUGAUUCAUGCUUGUUCCAAAUCUAGAGAUGUGGAGAGGGCAAAACAGUUACUGAAUGAGAUGGAGGAAAAGGGUGUGGUUCCUGAUAUUUUCACAUACAAUACUUUGAUAUCAUUAUAUUGCAAAAAAGGUAUGCACUAUGAGGCUUUAUCCAUCCAGGACAAAAUGGAAAGAGAGGGAAUAAAUCUUGAUAUUGUUAGUUACAAUUCUCUUAUUUAUGGAUUUUGCAAAGAAGGUAGGAUGAGAGAAGCUACGAGGAUGUUUAGCGAAAUAAAAGAUGCCACUCCCAAUCAUGUGACAUAUACUACAUUGAUAGAUGGUUACUGUAAAGCAAAUGAAUUGGAUCAAGCUCUGAAAGUACGUGAGCUGAUGGAGGCUAAGGGAUUGUACCCUGGAGUUGCUACUUAUAAUUCAAUUCUGCGCAAGCUGUGUCAAGAUGGCAGGAUAAGGGAUGCUAACAAACUCUUGAAUGAGAUGAGUGAAAAAAAAGUUCAAGCUGACAAUAUCACGUGCAACACGCUGAUUAAUGCUUACUCCAAGAUUGGAGAUUUGAAAUCUGCUUUGAAAUUUAAGAACAAGAUGUUAGAAUCUGGGCUAAAGCCUGAUCCCUUUACAUAUAAGGCACUGAUUCAUGGGUUCUGCAAAAUGGAUGAGCUGGAAAGCGCCAAGGAGCUACUGUUUGGCAUGCUUGAUGCCGGAUUUACCCCCAGUUAUUGCUCGUAUUCAUGGAUAGUAGAUGGAUACUGCAAGAAAGAUAAUGUGGAUGCAAUUUUAGCACUUCCAGAUGAGUUUCUGAGUAAAGGUCUUUGUCUUGAUGCUUCAGUAUACAGGGCACUAAUUAGAAGGUUAUGCAAGAUAGAACAGAUUGAAUGUGCUGAAAAGUUAUUCUAUCAUAUGGAGGGAAAUGGUAUUUCUGGCGACAGUGUUAUUUACACUAGUCUCGCCUAUGCUUACUGGAAAUCAGGCAAAACAAGUGUUGCCUCAAAUGUUUUAGAAGAGAUGGCUAAGAGGAGGUUGAUAAUCACAGCGAAAAUCUAUAGCUGCUUUAGUGUUCCUGAUGGUCAUGGUGAAAACAAAGUGUCACAGAUGUUCUGGGAUCAUGUGGUGGAAAGGGGUCUGAUGUCAAGAAAUACAAUGAGGAAAAUACAGCAGAUGCUGAUAUGAUGAUAAUCUUGCUGAUAAAGGGCACAACUAGGAGAUUCUUCCUACACUUCAUGUUGGCAAUGUAUUGCUUCUGGUUACCAGAGUGUCUUCCCCCAUGUUAUGGCUUUUCAUUAGUUUGAAGAAUCAGAGAUUUGGGUAAGACAUAUAGAAACUUUUUACAAUCCUUGUAUGCUAACCAUCAUAAAUCACCUUAAUUUGAAACUUAUUUAUGCAUUACUCUGUUGAUAGUGGAUAUGACUAUUUUCUGUA